AUGGCUCCCGCUUGGGACCGGCCCAGCAACGACGACUAUGAGAAGAAUAAAUCCCUCGCUACCGAGGAGAAGUCCAAGGGUUCCGAGAGCGCCGCCAAUCUCUCUCACUCUGACGAGGAUGAAGGCUUCGGCUCCGACGAGGUGGUCAGCACCGCCAACGAUCUCGUCACCCACAUCAUCGCGGUCGAGGAUGAUCCUUCUAUCAACCCGUGGACCGUCCGUAUGGUCUUCAUCGGUGCCGGUCUAUCCAUCUUCGGUGGUGUAUUGCAGGAAAUCUUCUAUUUCAAGCCGCAGACGAUCUAUGUCUCCCAGGUCUUCUUGACCGUCUUCGCCUACAUCAUCGGCGAGUUCCUAGCCUACGCCAUCCCCCGUCGUGGCUGGCUCGGCCGCUUCCUCAACCCGGGUCCCUUCAAUGCCAAGGAACAUGCCGCCAUCACACUCAUGUCCUCCGCUGCCACCCAGUCCGCUCUGGCCACCGAAGCCCUGGCCUCCCAGCAACUGUUCUACGGCGGUUACCCCAACCACGCCGCCGCCGUCUUCAUCGUCCUCUCCUCCCAGAUGAUCGGCUUCGGUAUCGCUGGCCUCCUCCGCGAUGUCAUCGUGCGCCCCACCAAGAUGAUCUGGCCCAUGACCCUGCCCAUCAGUAGUCUGCUCGAGUCCAUGCACAAGGACAAGGCUACCGCCAAGGCCCGUCUCAGGAUCUUCUACAUCUUCUUCUUUGCCCUCUUCUUCUGGACCAUCUUCCCAGAGUAUAUCUUCCCUGUUCUAGAAGGUGUGUCGAUCUUUUGUCUGGCUGACCAGAACAAUCUGGUUAUUACCAACCUCUUCGGUGGCGCUUCCGGAAAUGAAGGCCUUGGUUUCUUGUCUUUCUGUUUCGAUUGGAAUUACAUCGCCUCUCUCGGCUCCCCCCUGUGGCUUCCGCUGUACGCCAUGACCAACAACUUUAUCGGCUACCUGGGCUGCAUUAUUGUUUUCAUGGCCGUCUACUACGGCAACAUCUGGCGCUCCAUGGACUUCCCCUUUUUGUCCCAGCUGCUCUUCUAUGGCGACUCUAACGGCACCUGGUUCCACGAAUACAAUCAAACCCUUAUCCUGAAUUCCGAAUACAUGGUCGAUGCGGCCUCCCUCAAGCAACAGGGCAUUCCGUAUCUGACAGGAACCUACGUCGUUUACCUCAUAACCUCCAACAUGGGUCUCACCGCCACCUUCACCCACAUGCUGCUCUGGAACUGGGAGGAAAUGAAGGUCGGUUGGGCCUGGGCCCACCCUCAGAAGCUCAAGAAAUGGCUCAAGCCCGAGACCUACAAGUUCUGGGCGAACCAGGAGACCCCUGAGGAGCGCCUGGCUCGCCGCCUCAACGACGACACCCUCGACCCUCACUAUCGCCUCAUGCUGCGUAACCUCUACUACGACACUCCGCUGUGGUGGUGGGGCGCCGUCCUCCUCCUCAGCUUCGCCGUCGGCCUGGGCUGUCUCUACGCCAUGUCCUCCACACUCCCCUGGUGGGGGUUCCUUGUUGGCAACCUUCUGACCGCGCUCUUCAUGCUCUUCUUCGGCGCCCAGUACGGUUUGACUGGUUUCCAGUUCAACGUCCAACCCAUCUGUCAGAUGUUGGCAGGCUAUAUGUUCCCUGGGAAACCUCUGGCCAACCUCUACUUCACCUGCUACACCUACAACUCCCUGCAACAGGGUCAGGUACUCGCCAGAGAUCUACGACUCGCGCAGAACACACACUUGUCGCCGCGUUGCACCUUCUUUGUCCAAGUAGUGGGCUGCCUUAUCGGUGCGCUCUUCAACUACGUUAUGAUGUUGAUUAUCGUGGAGAACCAAGCCACCAUUCUCACAUCGAUUGACGGAACCAAUAUCUGGAGUGGUGCCAACGUUCAGAUAUGUGGACCCCUUUCCCCAGUGCGGAGAUGGAUGAUACUGACUUCUCUCUACCAGUUCAACAGUUUGGCCAUCGCGUGGAGUAUCGCCGGUGAUAUGUUCUCGAUCGGCGCGCGUUACCAGUGGGUCACCAUUUCGUACCUGAUCGGAUUCAUCGUCCCCGUGCCCUUCUGGCUGCUCUACAAAUAUACGCGUCACCCGUUCUUUAGCUACAUCAACCUGUCCAUCAUCCUGUGGUACAUGGGCUGGCUGUUCGUCGGGAUCAACGCCUCCAUCCUGAUGUACUUUGUCCUGGGCUUCGUCGCACAGUUCUGGCUGCGUCGCUACCAUCCGCACCUGUUCAACAAGUACAACUACAUUGUCUCCGCCGCCCUGGACGGCGGCACGCAGAUCUGCGUCUUCAUUUUGACCUUUGCCGUAUUUGGCGGCAGUGGUGUCGCCCACAACUUCCCAUACUGGGCGGGUAACCCGAACACCGACAUCCAUAACCUGGAUUACUGCAAGGUCAACCAGGCGACGACCAGCACCUGA